ACAGUAAAGAUGUCCAACUUUUACAUCCUUGGUGCCAUGCUUCUGCUUCUUUGUUCAGGCUCAGUCGUUGCCAACAGGAAAUGCACUGAGCAAGGAGGGAAUUGUGUUCCAUCGGUCAGAAAUUGCGACUUUCCUAAACAACCAGUGAAAAACCUCUGUAACGGCCAGAAGAAAUGCUGUUUACUUGAUGAGGAUGCCAAGUGUACACAACAAGGGGGCAUCUGCCAGGAGAUCACUGAGAAAUGCGGCCGUUCUUACGUCAAGUUUCUCUGUGGGGGUGGAUCAUCUAGGCGAUGUUGCUUACCAAAUGCUGCUGCUCCUUGUACAGCAAAAGGCGGGAAAUGCCUAGAAACAGGGGAAACAUGCAGAGGGAAAAAAGUGGUUGGAUUGUGUGGAUACAACAAAAUAGAAUGUUGCAUACCACGCAAAUGUGAUGGCCAUAAACGUUCAAAAUAUCGAAAUAAAGGCUACAGUCCCUACCAAUGUGGAAGUGACACGUGUUGUAAAAUUCCAGGAUUCCAUCAGAUGCCAUAAUCAUGACUGUGUUCUUCAUCUGAA